UCUUUCGUCUUCAAUGGGGGGAUCACCUUGGAAUCCGUCGAUUUGUUAUAAAAUGAAUCGACGAAUAUUGCCGACGAUAUUCAGUUUGAAUUUGUUCGGUUUAUUUUUUAUAGAAAUGUGGAAGGGUUUUUUGGUUUUGUUCGUAAUUGGAGUUGUGGGUGUAAAUUUGCAGUUUCUACCAUUACCACCGUAUUUGAACGCCUGCCAUAAAGAUGACCCGAACCUCAACGAAUGUGGCUUGAGAGAAGCAAAGAAUGGACUCCCUUACAUUCUGAAAGGGGACCGACGUUAUGGAAUCCCCAAUUUUCUUCCAAUGAAGCUGGACAUAAUAUCUGUAGAUACCCCCGGAAACUUCAAGAUCAGUCUCAAAAAUGUUUCCAUAUACGGACUGGAGAAACUGGAAGUGACGGGAGUGAAGGCCAAUCUGACUGAACACGUUGUCAAUAUGAAUUUUUCAGUGCCAAGUUAUACCCUUUUAUCGAAGUAUGAAAUGGAUGGGAGAAUCCUGGUGCUUUCUUUAAAAGGAGAAGGGGAAUCUAAUAUUACUGCAACUGAUGUGACUGUUGAAUAUGAAUUGAAAUACGACCUAGUUGACAAAAAAGGGGAACAGUUCGUCAAAAUAGCUGAUCAACACGUUCAUUAUGAAGUAUCCAGAGCAUAUUUCAACUUCACAAACCUGUUCAACGGUGACAAGUUACUAGGUGACAGCACAAUCAACCUGUUGAACGACGAGUGGAAGUCAAUCAACGAUGAGUUGGAGGAAGGAAUUGAGGAGACAAUAAAAUCAGUAUCUGCGACGAUUGUUGGUGGUAUUUUUGAAAAAGUACCCUACAGAUUCGCUUUUCUUUAAAUGUUUAAUUUUUGAGUGGAAACUUUGUAUCAGUACACUUUUCCUACAAUUGUUUUUUCACGUAGCCCAUCUUCGGAAAAUUUAAGAGGUUAUAAACAUUGCUUGCGAGUAGCAUAAAUUUUACGCUUUUUAUGCGAUACCAAAAAAAACGAACGAUUCUUGACCUGGAGGUCGAUAGUUCAAAUCCUGGCAAUAUUUUUACAACAUAUCUUGGCUUUGUAGUAAUAUUUGAACAACUUGUUUAUGAAGAGACGAUAUUAGACAAUAAAUACUACUAAUAUCAAACGA